GGCAUCUUUCCCUCAGCCACUGCGUGGUGACAUGAAGCAGCCGGGCGGGGCGAAGCCAAAAAAACCAGGGACGCCUCCUUCCACGACUGCCUCCUUGAAGUCGCCGGAGAUGACAACGACGACGGCCACCAUCACCACAACCGCCGUCACCACCACCACCCAAGAUGCAGCACAACCACAUGGGGAACAACACCUUCCAGCGGAAGCUGACCCUAGCCCCACCAGCACCAUCAACGCCUUAGACCAGCAUCACCAACAGCAGCAGAUUUCACAAGACGAUUUCUUGGAGCAGAUGAUCUCCACCCUUCCUUCAUGGGCAGACCUCUCCCCUUUCUCCCACAAGCUCCUUUCUUAUCCUCCUUCUCUAGUGGGCAAGCCCGACGAGGUCUCCCCUGACGGCCUCCGGUACUCCUACGACGACUCAGACUCCGCCACCCUCGCCUCUCGCCUCCAGCACCUCCAUUCCGCCGGAGGCGUGGGGAGGACGCUGGGCCUGCUGGAACUCAACACUCCCGAACUUGGUCUCGACAACGGAUGCGGAACAGCGCCGGAGAGAUGCGUUGACGAUUGCGGAGGCGAGGGCUUGCCUCUUCCAUUGUGUCUUGGCCAGGAGUCCUCGUCAUUUUCUUCUCGUCCUACUGUUGAGAGAUCUGCCGGGGAUGAUAUUGAUGCUUCUUUCAAGCAUAAUAUGGAAGAUCAUGGUUUGCACAAUGGGUUUCAGACGGGAAGAAGCAGUGCAAACGGUAAUGCCCAAAAUUUUCAGAGUUAUGGAGGACAGAAUGCUGGGGAAAAUCAACCUUCAUCUUCACCUGUAAAGCCAAAAGUGAGAGCCCGGCGUGGCCAAGCUACUGAUCCUCAUAGCAUUGCUGAAAGAUUGCGCAGGGAGAGAAUUGCCGAAAGAAUGAAAGCGCUCCAGGAGCUGGUUCCCAAUGCAAACAAGACUGACAAAGCUUCAAUGCUAGACGAAAUCAUCGACUACGUGAAAUUCCUUCAACUCCAAGUCAAGGUUCUAAGCAUGAGCAGACUCGGAGGAGCUACCGCUGUUGCUCCAUUGGCUGCCGACAUUUCCUCAGCUGAUCAGGCAAGUGGUAGCUCGGGAAGGAGAAGCAACAGCAACGAUAGUGAUCAGGCAGCAAGAGCUCCGUCCGCACAGGACAGUAACAUCGGUACUCUAACAGCAGCAGAGCACCAAGUAGCGAAGCUCAUGCAAGAAGACAUGGGCUCUGCUAUGCAGUACCUGCAAGGGAAGGGCCUCUGUCUCAUGCCCAUUUCCCUCGCCUCUGCUAUCUCCACUGCUACCUGUCAUGCGAAGAACCCUCAGUCUAACAACAUCAACAACACCAGCAAGAGCAGCAUCGCAAGGGUACCCACCUCCCCCAGCACGUCAAUGCAGUCUUCCUUGGGUGACAACGGCUGUGGCGGUAGCGGUAGCGGUGGCGGCGGCGGUGGUGUCAGAGGGGCCAGUAGUGGUGAACUUACCAGGAAGGAUCCCACCACCACUUCAAAGUUCUGAAGGAAAGAGCGGUGCUUUUCAACGGGAAGUUGUUCAGUUUCUAUUAGUUCUACCGACAACUUUGCAUCCAGCGACAAAAUCAAAGGAAUUCAAGAAGGCUUCAAUAACUCAGUGACGAAUCAGCGUUUAAAUGCAACUGACUUGCAGACUGCAAGAGAUUUGUCCUUCACGCUUAUUAUAUUCGUAUUGGUCAUUUAAACUCUCUCUGAUCUCUCUGUCACUCCUUUUUCUAGCUUAUCUUACUGAUUUCUAGGUCCCGUUGUGCGCUUGACUUGGUUGACGGAAAAGUUGUUUAA